AUGCAUAAAGUACCAACUUCUAGAUCUGCUUCAAGCAAUCGAAUUACAUUAAUUAAUAAACUCAGUUCACCUCUACACACUUAAUAAGACUUAGUUGAUCAAAAAAUCAACUAAAAAGAACUGAUUGAAACAUUACUAAAAACAAUAAAAAGGAAGCCAACUUAAAAUGAGAAACCCUAAAAAAGAAUACGAUCAAAUGCUAAUUCUGGAUAGAAAUUAGUGGAAAUUAAUAAAAAUGUAUUGCACAUAAGAGAUUAUGAAACAGAAUAAUAGACAUUUAAGAAAAUGCUCAAUAAAACUAUUUUACCAAAAGCAUAAUAAUUAUCGAAUUAUACUAUGUUAUAAUUCUUAGGCAAAGGAAAAUAUAGUGAAGUUAAACUAGCUUGUGAAAUCAAUACUGGAAUACAUGUUGCGCUUAAAAUAAUGAAAAAAGAAUAAAUUUGCUCUAUUUGGAAGAGUAUAGCAUAAGAGUUAAAGAUUUAAUAUCUUCUCAAUCAUCCUAAUAUUGUUAAACUAUACACAUUCUUUCAUACAAGUUUUAAUUAUAUUUUAUAUUAUAGGCACUGAAAUUGUAUUAGUAUUAGAAUAUUGUUGUCAUGGAUAAUUACAUAAAUUAUUGAGAUCAUUACCAGAAACAUGUUUUUCUGAAUAGGUAGCCUCAUUCUAUGUUAAAUAAGUUGCUUCUGCUUUAAAUUAUUUACAUAGAAAUGGUAUAAUUCAUAGAGAUAUUAAACCAGAAAAUAUAUUUUUAUGUUACAAUUAGAUUAAAUUGGCUGAUUUUACUCAUUCUAUUUACUCUCCUCAAUAAGAACGAUCUACUUAAUGUGGAUCAUUGGCAUAUAUCUCUCCUGAAAUUGUUAAAGGAGAAAAUUAUGAUAAAAGUACUGAUAUGUGGUCUUUGGGAGUAUUAGCAUUUGAAUUAUGUACAGGAGAAACACCUUGGGAAGAUCUUUCCUAUUAAGAAAUGUAGGAUAUGAUUAUAAGUGGCAAUAUUAGAUUCCCAAAUAAAUUUUCAGAAGAAUUAAGAGAUUUUAUUAGAAAUUUAAUACAUGUAGAUCCAAAAAAUAGAAUGAAUGCUAGGUAAGCACUUAGUCAUCCUUGGCUAAUUGAUUGUAAAUAGGAAAUAUCUUAAUUUACUAUUGAUAUAUGA